UCUCAAUUUCUCCCGGUUACCCAACUUAGUCGCUCUAAAGCUUGCCAACAACUCGUUCUCUGGAAACAUCCCUCCAAGCAUGGCUAAUCUUGCCAAGCUUGCUCAUCUGGACUUGUCUUUAAAUAACCUCUCGGGAAACAUUCCAACUCUACUCGGGUCAUUGCGAUCUUUACAAGUUCUUGAGUUUUCGCGUAAUAAGCUUUCUGGUCCUAUCCCUCAAGAAAUUGGAAACCUUACAUCUCUCUUGACGCUCACUCUCUCCGAGAAUAACUUCAGUGGCUCUAUACCUGAUUCAAUAGGAAAGUUGGGAAAUUUGGCUAUCUUACUCCUCGAUGAGAAUAAUAUCUCUGGCUCUAUUCCUUCCAGUAUAGGAAACUUAAGCAAGCUCACUCAGCUAAGUCUACGUGUGAAUAAUCUGGUGGGCUUUCUUCCCAUUGGGAUAAAUAAUCUCACAUUCCUCGCACUCCUACGGUUAUCUGAUAACGACUUUGUUGGCCAAUUGCCACAACAGAUAUGCGGUAGCCAAACCCUUGUAAAUUUUACUGCUUCUAACAAUCACUUCACUGGAGCUAUGCCAAGAACCUUGAAAAAUUGUUCAAGUUUAUGUAGACUUAGGCUCCAAAACAACUUGCUCAAGGGAAACCUAACUGAUGCUCUAGGUGUGUACCCUAACUUGGAUUAUCUUGAGUUGAGCAACAAUGAAUUUUACGGUGUGCUCCCACCAACAUUGGUUGAAUGUAGAAAUUUAAAGAGCUUGAUAAUCUCCAACAAUAAAAUCUCCGGAACCAUACCGCCUCAACUCGGAAAUAUGAAUCAAUUGCACAAACUUGUCCUCUCUUCGAAUGAUAUUGUUGGGGAAAUUCCUAAAGACCUAGGAAAGUUGAAGUUGCUACUAGAUCUUUCAUUGGGCUGCAACCAUCUUGAAGGCCACAUCCCUCAAGAACUUGGAGGGUUGCCUAGUCUACAGAAACUUGAAAUUGCAAGAAAUAACUUGAGUGGCUCAAUUCGUACAGAACUUGGGGAGUGCUCCAACCUUCAGUUCUUGAAUUUAAGCGGGAAUAAUCUUGAAAACAGCAUUCCUAUGGAGAUCGGCGAACUUCGGUCUCUUCAAAUUCUCGAUUUAAGUCAAAAUUUGCUUACAGGAGUAAUACCUGGACAACUUCAACAACUGUAUAGAUUGGAAAUACUCAAUCUCUCACACAAUCAACUUUCAGGUUUAAUUGAGUCGACCUUUAGUGAUAUGGUAAGUUUGACAUCCAUCGACAUAUCAUAUAAUGAGUUAGAAGGUCCUUUACCAAACAUUCUUGCCUUUCGUAAUGCUACAAUUGAAGUUGUGAGAGGAAACAAAGGCUUGUGUGGAGUUAUUGCUAGUCUCAACCCUUGUACAGCAACAACGUCCAAGGGCAAGAACAAAAACAAAAAGUUGCUGCUAAUUUUGAUUCCUACUUUAGGUUGCCUACUUUCGUUGCUUCUUGUUGCGGGAAUUUCAAAUAUAGUAUGCCGAAGAUCAAGGAAAAUAGAGACUAGUUGGAACAAUGGACGCAAUGGAAACUUGUGGGCAAUAUUAAGCUUCGAUGGAAAUGCAGUCUAUAAGAGCAUUAUUGAAGCCACAGAGGAGUUUGAUGCCAAAUAUUGCAUUGGUGUGGGAGGACAUGGGAGUGUUUACAAGGCCCAAUUGCAAACAGGUGAGACUUUUGCAGUAAAGAAAUUUAAGGAAGCAGCGGAAGUCAAAAUCGCUAGUCAAAAAGCAUUUGAAAGGGAGAUUCAUGCUCUGAUUGAAGCUCGGCAUCGGAAUAUUAUCAAGCUCUAUGGCUUUUGCUCGAGCUCUCAACAUUCAUUUUUGGUGUAUGAGUUCUUGGAAUCAGGCAACUUGAAGGAUGUAUUGAACGACGAAAAGAGGAUAACAACAUUUGAUUGGAACAAGAGAGUGAAUGUCAUUAAAGGUGUAGCUUAUGCUCUGUCUUACAUGCACCAUGAAUGCUCUCCUCCUAUAGUUCAUCGAGACGUGUCGAGCAAGAACAUUUUAAUGGAUGAAGAAUAUGAAGCUCACGUCUCUGAUUUUGGCACGGCUAAGGUUCUACAUCCCUACUCAUCCAAUUGGACUUCCUUUGGAGGCACUUUUGGAUAUGCAGCUCCAGAGCUUGCAUACACAAUGGAGGUGAAGGAGAAAUGUGAUGUUUAUAGUUUUGGAGUGGUGACAUUGGAAGUAAUCAUGGGCAGACAUCCAGGCGAUCUCAUAUCGUCUCUUGCUUCCUCAGCUUCUUCAUCAUCAAGCAAUUCAACAAGUUCAUAUUGGCUCCUGAAACAAGCUCUAGAUCAAAGAAUUCCAUGCCCAGAUGGUGACACACUAGGUCAAGUGGCUUUCAUUGUAAUGAUGGCAUUUACAUGCUUGAGUGCAAAACCGGAGCAUCGUCCAAGCAUGCAACGAGUGUCUCAAGAGAUAUCGGCAUGUAGGUCAAUCAUGAUAGGCCCAUGGGAGGACAUAAAAUUGAAAGAGCUAGUUGAUCCCCGAUGCUUCCCUUAUUGACAGUUUGGUCUUUCUAUAGCAGCUUGUGUAGGUAGUUCUCUCUCUUAUUUCUCUUCCAAAGAUGAUAUGCACUGUAUCACUUACUUUCCCAAUGAUUAAUUAAC